AACAAUAGUAGUAGCAAGCCAGCGCACAAGGUUGAACCGAAUCAAAGCAUCAGAAUCGACUCUUGAGUCAUGGUGACGUGAUUCCUUUGAAGGUCACUUCCUGUGUCUACAGUAGCUGCAGGGGAUCAGUGGUGAUUGGUGUAGUUUUGUAUUUACGGACUGUGUCCAUUUUCCAGGGAACCUGCUUUACCCGUCCAAAAUCCAGUGUCCCGGGCGCAGCCACUAAAAAUGGUGAAGAUAUUUGUGGGUAAUGUAGCUUCAGCCACCACGGAAGCAGAACUGCGCGCAUUGUUUGAACAACACGGUGUUGUGUCAGACUGCGACAUCCUGAAAAACUAUGGCUUUGUGCACAUGGACGAGGAGGACGCGGCCCAAAAAGCGGUCGCAGCUUUGCACAAGCACGUGCUCAACGGCUCGCGCAUCACCGUAGAGUACGCCACCACCAAGGUGCGCAACGCCACCAAGAUCUAUGUGGGCAACGUGCCCGAGGGUGUCACAGCUUCCAAAAUCAAGGAGCUCUUCCAGCCAUAUGGCAAAGUGGUGGAGUGUGAUAUUGUGAAGAAUUACGCGUUUGUUCAUAUGCAGAGGGAAAACGAGGCCUUGGAGGCCAUCAGGGAGCUUAAUCAUACCAAAUUGGAGGAUCAAAAAAUCUUUGUGUCCCUCUCUCGCAGUAAUCAAGCCAAAAAUAGCAGAGGAGAUGACUAUUUCCCGCCUCCUCCUCAUCACUAUCCGCCCCAUCCGCACCACCCUCCUUACUUGCCCCCCCGUCCUCCACUCGGCGAUUUCUAUCCGCCUCGAGGUCGUCUUCCGCCGCCACCACUCCCGCCGCCACCUCCGCGCUCCUACUAUGACCGUGACGCAUAUGAGAGGGGAGUUCGCCACGACCCUUAUGCCGCCGCCCCGGACUUUUACGAGCGGGACCCCUACGAGCGGCGCCCUCCGCCUCCGCAGCGACCCCCUUCGCCUCCCGUUGCCCCUCGCUACUACCGAGAGCGCAGCCCUAUGGGCAGUCGUCGGUCUCUGCUGCCUCCGCCGCCCCCACCGCCUCCGCCACCGCCUCCUAGCUACAUGCGCAACUAUGCCCGUGGCGCUUCGGGUUCUGCACUUCCUCCCCCGUCCUCCGCCGCAACCUCCGGCUAUCAGCGUUACUCGCUCGGCUCAGGCUUUGAUAAAGAUGAUUACAUGGAGGACAAGUAUAGCAAUGGCUUCAGCCGUGGCUACUAAGCUUGCUUUGUCCAGAAAGUCUAUACAUUUCCCUUUUUGUAUAAGGCAAGCCAAUAAAACGGGCAGGAAUUAGGAAAUUUCUUACGAUGCUUGUAGCCGAUUCUCACAGUUUGUAUAGUGCAACUAAUAUUCUGUAAAACUGUUCUUAGACUAUUAGAAAAUUGUCAAAUGCUGAUUGAAUUUAGAAUUUAGACAGGUUUUUUUUUUUUAUAUCUAUAGCAUAAGAAUGUAGGUGUUUUUGCUUCGAGUAUCAUUUCAAGACGCAAGAUUUGAUUUCUUCAAACUUUCUUUAAUCAACUGUUCUCUUUUGCAUGUGUGUUAGUGUAGAUUGUGAGGGACUGCCUAGUACAUAUGAGUGUGUUGUUCACAUUGAUAUUAUUUGUUCCAGAGACAUAAUGUGCCCCUUUUUUAAAUGAAACCUAGCCCACACCAGCAUGGAUGACUUUCUUUUACAAAAAUCCGGCAUAUAUUAUUCCGCUAGAUUUAUUUUCUCAAAGCAUGAAAUGUGACUUGCAUGAUUAAGGAUGGUUUUGAUACAGACUUAGUCCUGUUAAACAUAAGAAAGAGGAGGAAGAGGGAGGAUGCUGUUAAAUAUGUGGUAGUUGGCAGAACCGGGGGACGCCGACCCGACUGUACAGCCGCUCGAGCACCACAUCGACUCGGGCCGCAGCGCUUGGGGAACAAAGUCGCUUCCUAGGAAAAAAAACAGCGUCAACUAAAGGAAACUCGGGGCGGGGGGGGGGAACAAACGGCCACCCGCUACAUAAAACGAACACUACUACAACGUAGUCGUAUUGCUCCUAUAUAAUUGUGAUAAACCGUUCACACAGACUCUGUAGCCUUUCUUGAUAUUCAAGACGUUUUAACAUCUCGACACACUGGACAUGCUUGUGAUUAAAAUCAUUACCAGAACCCACAUAUUGUAGUCUAUCCUACGUGUGAUGGUGUUUCCCUACGUUCCUUAUGUUAAAAGAUUGAUUAAAAUGUACCUCUGAAAACCUCUCUCGACUCUGGAUGCAAGCCGAUGUCUCUUGAAGUUCUUGAACGGGUGUCCGAACGCAAGUCGAUUUUUGCUUGGUGUGCUUACUUGGAAAAAAAAAAAAACACUGUGUUAGCAAUCGCUGUCUCUCCAGCCGGUUAAAUAAAACAUCGAUUGAUAUGA